AUAACUAACAAAUAAAUAACACCUAAUCGUCUCAAAUAAAAGCUAAGGCGCCCGUAAAAUUAGCUUUUUAGCGAUCAAAAGUGGGCGACCUGAGAAUUCAACACACAUAGUAAAAAUGGCAGGAUUGAAGUCAACAAUGGUUGUGUUAGUGAUGAUGAUGGCUGCAUCUUUCCAAUUGCAGUUCACAGUUGCAAAAACUAGCCACGUCGUGGGAGACGUCUUGGGAUGGACUAUUCCUCCAGGUGGCGAAGUCAUCUACGCCACAUGGGCUUCCAGACGAAAUUUUACUGUGGGCGACACUCUUGUUUUUAACUUCCCGACUGGAUUACAUACCGUUGCAGAAGUUCCAAAGGCAGCUUAUGGCCCAUGCAACUACACCAACACUCUCUCAAACUACCCAAAUGGUCCUGCAACCAUUACCUUGACCCGGCCCGGUAACCACUACUAUAUCUGCACUGUUUUGGGUCAUUGUCAACUUGGUCAGAAAAUAACUAUCAACGUCACCUCUUCGACGAGCACUACUAGACCACGAUCUCCGUAUGCUGCUUCUCCAUCGCCAUUCGACCAAUAUUCGCCCAUCGGUAGCCCAAUUCCAUCAUUCUCGGGUACAGCUCAAUCUUUUACCACGAUGAUACCCGCCGUUACUUUCUUGGCUGCUGUUUUCGCUUUCUUAUAUUAGUUCAUUUUUAAUAAUAUGCAUGGAGCGCUUUUUUUAAGCGUAUAUGUUUAUUCUUAAUUUGCCAUAGUUUUUAUGGUUGUAUUUAUUAUUCCAUGAUAAAUAAAGUUUUCUAUUGUCUCG